UCUACUGUCAAAUGUCAAAUGACGUCUUUCCGUACUUGACGCAGGCUCAGAAAAGGCUGUUUACCGCGCAUGCGUGUUAUAUGUGUACCGCGCAUGCGUGUACCUUCCAAUCUCAAACCUUAAUCGAUAGUGCAGUAGCCAUCGUAGUGACAACAGCUCACAUUACCUUUGACUAUUUGAGAAAAUAGGAUUUUUCAUAUACCAGUCGGUCGGAAAAUUAUUCAAAGUGUCGGUUUCUAGUAGCGUAUUGCCCGGGGCUAUAACCAUGAAGAUAUUAAUGCCGCAUGAUGGUCCAGACAUCGCACCAAUCGAAUCAUCGGGCGAGUGGCACAGCCCGGUGUUCUGGGCUGUGGUGGUGUGCGCUGCAGGGCUGCUGGCCGCCAUGCUGGCUGCGCUGGCUUGCUGGGUGGCCCGCCGCCGCGCCACCCUCGCACACAAACUAGGUGGUAAGCGUGGUCCGGACAAGGCGCUGGUGUUCCAGCCGCCACGGCGCGCGACCGCCGUACGCUCGCCCGGCUCCGCAACUCACUACCUGCGCAAGUCGCCCUCACCCACCGCCGCAGCUACGCCAGCUACAUCCCCGCCGCAACCGCAGCCGCAGCCGCAACCGCAACCGCAACUGCCGACCACUAAGGAGUUGUCCCCGGGCGGCUUGUCCCCGCAGACGCCGACCGCGCCCGAGCCGCUCCCGUUGAGCAAGGAGCUCGCCGACGCCGCUGCUACCGAGAAGGUCAAGCCAACUGAACCGGAAAACAAUGACGGACGACUUGGAGACUUGCAUUUCAAGCUACGGCCUGGGUCCCGUGGUACGAAGGAACUACUCCUCAUAGAUAUGACCAUCAACCAACAGGGUGACAGCUUGAGUCCGCUGUGGUUCUGCCUGGCCUUGAAUCCUUUAAGCACAUUGCUAAACGAAUCAAGGUUGGGCUUUCAGCUUCGUAGAGGGGGUGAAGUCAUAUCUCAUCUUCUAUACAUGGAUGACCUCAAGCUUUUCGCAUCGAAAAAGACCGACCUAGUGGAACUGCUCAAAAUAACUGAAAAGUUUAGUAGUUCCAUCGGGAUGGAGUUUGGUGUCGAAAAGUGUGCGGUCAUGUAUGUACAGCGGGGGAGAGUUGCAAGCUCUGAUGGGCUACAACUCACCGAAAUGUCCUUCAGAUCCCUCUCCGAAGGUGAGACCUACAAGUACCUUGGUAUAUCACAGUCGUUGGGUAUUGUUGAUGAGGAUGUAAAACAUCUGAUAAAAGCAUGA